AUGGCCUUCACCGGCGGUCUCUAUUUCGCUAUAAAUUCAGAUCUGCGUCCCUCGUCAAAGCAGAACCUUGCGGCCAAUCUCCAGCCGCAUCCAACCAUGCCAGGCAAGAUGGCCGGCGAGAACGAGGAAAACAUGCGCAGCCACAAGAUCACUAUGAAAGGCGAUCCCAGCGCACCUGGUGCUGGCAGGCCGGACCCGAAUGAAGAGUUGGGUCCGAAGGCUAUGGGUCACGGGGCUGCACCUUCACAUGUAGCCGAUCCGGCCGAUCCCCGCGGAAAACCCAGGAGCUUCAACUACAUGUCUGGAAAGCAAGAGGGUUUGUCUAAUGGUGACACUCACCACAGCUCCCAGAUUUCCAAGCAGGGCGAGAUGAGUAAGAAGGGUGAGGGUGUUGCUGAGACUGCGAAGCUCAAAGGUACGGUGUCGACUAAGCGACCUGGUCCCGAGAAUAAGGAACAGCGAGGCAAGGCUCAGAUGGAUGAUGAGUAG